UCCUUCGUCCCCAAGGAGGCGCCUCUCUCUCUUUCUGCAAUUCCGCUAGAGAGAGGAAGGCCGAGGGAGGGUUGAGAAUGGGGUUGCGUGGGAGUAUGAAGAGGUACUGGAGCAGAAGGCACUACCAGCGCCUCGACCAUCAAGACGGCUUCUCGAGAAGAAGCCAACUGAGGGUGACUACGCUUGGAGGAGGAACGAGUGGCAGGCGGCUGUGGAGGUUGAGGUUGACGCCCAGGGUGCAUCUCCGCCUCAGGUCCAUCAGGCUGCCCUCCCCUGUGAAGACCCUGCUCGCGCGCCUCCGGGACCUCUACGUCGACGCCAUGCUGCGCAUCUCCGGCUCCGGCGGGUUGCUCCUCGGCAGCGCCAAUGGCUUCCCCAGCAAGAAGAUCUCCGGCAGCCGCAAGGACGCCGUCUACUUCGACAGCGAUGUGGAGAAGAGGGUGAUUUUUGAGCUCUACAAGGCGCUCGCCGCUUCCCAGAGGCUCUCUGCUAACUACUAAAAGAACGGGACUUUUGCUUUUUCCCCUUUAUUUUGGUUAUGUUUUUCCUUUGUGUUUGUGGUUACAAGAAUGUCGUAUAAAGGGCAAAGCUUUGUUAACAGAGAGGAAAAAGCCGCCCUCCCAAGUUGAAGAAAAACUUCUCGUAUGGUUAAGCAUUUGUACAUGUGUGAAUGGAUAGAAGAAAUCUUUGAUCUAC